GCCGGGUUGUCAACUAGCCGUUACAAUAACGUUUGAAGAGAAUUUGAAAUCGUGUACGGCAGCCGUAAAUUGCUCGCGUUAAAACCUGGCUGCCACACCGCAAAAUCAACAACCCUAACGAACGCAAAUUCCUCAAUUAUCAAUCGCUUCCUUCUUCUCUCUCAGCCAGAUCCACUUCACCUGUUAUCGUCUUCAAUCAAAGGCAAUCUAUAGAUCAAACAACAAGGGGACAUUGAGAGGGAAAUGGCGGCUGCGAAUACGACCAACAACGGGCAAGGCAGCCUUCCGGCCAUCCCUCCAACAAAGCAAACGGUUCCAUCUUCUAAGUCCGUCGAUACCCAAUCUGUUCUCAAAAGGUCCUCAUAAACUCUUUAUCCGUUGUUUCAUUUAGGGUUUCUAGGUUCCUUAGACUUUCUUUGAUAACGGUAAUUAACUCAUACAUUCCUAGAAGAUGCACUGUUUAUGAAAUUGUCUAUCUUCUUGAAAUAUGAAACAAUGAAGCAAAUUAGGUUAACUGUUAAGUACCAUAUCCUAGUAUUGGUGCUAACAUGCGAGUAGUUCGGGGUGGCCGGGGACCGACCCAAUCCAAAUUAAAUAAACUUUUGUUUUGAAAUACUUCUUCCGUUCCGCUAAAAUACUUCCAACCACAUAAACUCACUUUUCUUAAUAUUCCCACUAGGUCCUAAUGUCUCAAUGUUACGGGACAGAGGUAGUACAUUUUUGUGUAAAAAUUAUAUAAAAAAUUGGUUUACCCGCUCCACCCCAAUAUUCUCGUGCCUGCAUCUACAACACCUCGUGCGGGUUAAAUGGUUUUGAUAUGGGUUGAAUUUGUUAAUUGGUUGGUUUCAAUCUCUGAGGGAAUGUACUACUUUUCUGUAAAAAAUGAUUCUAACCUUUUAACUUCAAAGGAGCUAAAUGUUGUGCUUUCAAAUAAGUGUUUCUACUAAGUAGAGUUCAAAAACUUAUCAUUUAAAGCUAGAAGCUAAAAACAAUAUGAGAGGUGUUUUAAAAAGUGUUUGUUUGAUUCCUAAUGAUAUAAAGGAAAUGUGAUUGUGAAAAGAUAAAAGUUAGAGUGUUUGUAUUUUAAGGGAAAAGUAGUUUAAAGCAUCCCUACAUGUUCCAGCUUUAAUUUUAAAGUGCUUAAUUUUAAUUGAGAAACACUUUUUAAAACAAUGCAAAACACUCCCUUCACUCCUUUUCACUUUUAGUGUUACACAAAAAAUAUGGGGUACUUCCAUUUCUAUUUUAGUCUCUGAGUUAUUCUAAAUUCUAAUCCCAGUGUUCUUCAUUGUAUCAUGACAGGCUGCAAUCAGAACUAAUGGCUCUGAUGAUGAGCGGUGAGUCUGGAGUAUCAGCAUUCCCAGAGGAAGACAACAUAUUUUGCUGGAAAGGGACAAUUACAGGCAGUAAAGACACAGUUUUUGAAGGAACAGAAUAUAAGCUCUCUCUGACCUUCCCUAAUGAGUAUCCAUUUAAAUCACCCAAAGUUAAAUUUGAGACAGCUUGUUUUCAUCCAAACGUUGAUGUAUAUGGGAACAUAUGCUUGGAUAUCCUUCAGGACAAAUGGUCGUCUGCUUAUGAUGUAAGGACUAUACUACUCUCCAUUCAGAGUUUGCUUGGAGAGCCAAAUAUAAGUUCUCCGCUAAACACUCAGGCGGCAGCAUUGUGGGGCAAUCAAGAAGAAUACAGAAAGAUGGUUGAGAAGCUAUACAAGCCAAACACCGUGUAGACCUGACAAGUUCUUGAAAAGACAGUUGUAUGGAGGGCCUGCCCUUUUUAGUUUUUUCCCCUUUUACUUUUGUGUUUUGUUAAAGUUUAUCAUCCAACGGUAGAAACAUGUUGAGUGAGAUAGAGCUUCGAGAGAGUUUAAAAAAUUGUACGGCGG